AAACUGCACAGGAAGAGGAAGUGAUCAUCUGCAUCGUACAUGAGCUGCAUCAGUUUGAUGCUGUAACAUUCGGCAGGAAGACUUCAUGCAGGUUACAGGUCUCUCUUUCAGACUCAACAUGUUUUUGAUCUUGCUGUUGGGUGCAAACAUUCUGGACAGUCAUUCUCAAAGCAGCGGCGUCCGUAUUGUUACAGACAGACAGCAGUUCUUUGAGUACGAGUCCAUCACUUUUCACUGUGAAGGUUCCUCUCAGCUCAGAAGAAUAAGGAACAAAAAACAGUUCAUCAAAGAAUGUGACACAUCGACCGGGACCUGCAGCAUUGGAAGUGGCUACGAAUCUGAUACUGGAGAGUACUGGUGUGAGACUGACAGCGAGAAAAGCAGCACUGUUAACAUCACUGUCACUGCUGGUUCUGUGAUACUAGAAAGUCCUGUUUCUCCUGUGGAGGGGGGAAGCAACGUGACCCUUCGCUGCAGGAACAGGACAAACUCCAGCAGCUUCUCCGCUGCUUUCUACAAAGAUGGCACCUUGCUGGAGGGAGACGGUGCAGAUGAAAUGACCAUUAGAAAUAUGUCCAAGUCUGAUGAAGGUCUCUACAAGUGCAGC